CGGCUCGCCCGCAGGGUCUGCUUUUCAGCUGUGCCCACUACCCACUGUCCAGGCUGCGAUAAUAGCUGGCCCACGCUUAACUUUGGACUCCGUUUCAUCUGUCGCGGCGGCUACUCCUCCAAUCUCCGCCGCCACCCGGUGUGAAAAGUCACUACAUCCCCUCCCAUCCCCUCCAUAACCAGUCGAUCUGCGACUAGAUGGCUGGUGUGCAGCUCCAACAACCCAGCAUGACCGACUACCGCUUGCCAAUGCACCAAGCGCCACCCUCUCGAAAGCCUGUGCCCGGAAUGCACUCCGGCUACCCGCUCCAGUCCUACGAGGGGCCUCACCACCAGCAACUUUCUCCCCAUCCGUCUGCCGCCUCCCUUGCGCACAUUCGUCGCCGGACUUCCUCUUCCCAUGUGCUUCCGUACAUGGCCCAGCAGCAGCAGCAGCCGUACUCCGGUGGCCCUUCGCCACACCAUACCAUGACCAUGACGGGCCCCAACUACCCCCCUUCGAGGCGCUUGUCGAGUGCGACGACCUCCACCACCUCCACUGGAAACGUGGCGAACCCGUAUUACGGUGCCGCCCCAAACGCAGACAUCCGCCGCAGUACCUCGUCCCGCUCGGCCAACGCUCAGUUGGGUUACGUGGCGCUGAUGCGGAGGCAAAAGGCGACAGUAUGGUGCGAUCGAGCACAGCCGGAGGAUCCUCGGCUGCGGGCGCAGAAACUGGUCGAUAAGAAGCGGGCGUAUCUGGAAGUCCACGGCGCAGGCGCUGGGCGCUCGGGUACCCUGGGAAGCGGCAAGAACAAGCACAGCGGAAAGACGACCGACUUCUCGCCAUCGACGCUCGUUGGCGCCACGGUUCCCGUGCGACUCAGUGCCAACGAGGUCGGCGACGCCGAUGAGGAUGCUCACAGCGAGCGAGGAUUUCCUUAUCGCCGUACCGGAAGCGGCCGCAGUUCGGUGGGCAGCAUCUCUCGUUAUCCAAGUGGGUACCAGCGCACCCCCCAGGGGACGAUGGGAAGCAACAGCACCCCUCCCAACGAAAAGACCGACCUCCCCGACGUCUCGGAACAUCCCCCGGCUGAGAGCCUGGAGAGUGAGCAGUACGAAGCCUCCAUCAAGGACACGGCCACCAGCUACAGCCGAGGCAGCGAGGAGAACCUCGAUGUCGUGGGAGAUAUGGCCGCGCCGAGCGCGGCAUCUGCCGCGAUCCAGAAGGCGAAGAAGGCGGAUGAGUUGAGGCGCCGGGGCAGCGUAGAUGAGCGAACGACGUCGAUGACCAAUGUCCGGUUAUUUGUCGCGAAUCCAGAUUUAAGCGAUUGAGCAACGCCUUCCCCAUAAUGGCACUCGUUUGGCAAUGCCAUCCAUUUAACUUGAGCUCUGCACAUUCCUUUUCCUUUUCCCCCACCAUGAAACGCAUUCGGCUCGGAGCCCACGUAUGGUGCCACGACCCUGCAAUGCCCCUCCGCCUUGAGUCG